AUGCAUGCUCGCUAUCUCUUGGGUUGUCUCGCCGCUGCGGUGGCCGCACCAGCUGUGACGGCUGCCCCUGCGUCGGCCCACAAAGCUGGAUCUUCCGAGUCGAUCGCAAACAUGAAAGACAAGAUCAAGAAUGUCGUUCUGCUGGUUAUGGAAAACCGAUCCGUUGACAACGUGUUGGGCGGACAGACAAUCAAGGGCCUGGAGAACCCCAUCAACAACGGCCCUUUCUGCAACCCCGUCAAUACCGCCGAUAAGUCUGACGGGGAGGCCUGCAGUGAGGCAAGCUCGUACGAUUCGGUCCUGAAUGACCCCGAUCACUCCAUCACCGGCAACAACAUCCAGUUCUACGGCGACUUUACCCCGGAUAACAAGGCAAUUGCCGACGGGACGCUAACCCCCACGCAGAAGGGAUUCCUGCAGGAGCAGCUUCGCUCGUAUCCUUCCGAGAAUGAGACCCACCUGGCGAAGCAGGUUAUGAAUUACUAUACCGAGGCGCAGGUUCCUGUCCUCACGUCCAUGACGCAGAACUUCGUGGUGUUCAAUCACUGGCACUCGGAUAUCCCAGGGCCGACCAACCCCAACCGAGUCUCCCUGCUCUCAGGCACCUCAGCCGGACACGGCAAAAACGAUGCGUCAAUGAGUACAAUCAUACACGGUAUCAAACACCGCUCGAUCUUCCAGCAGCUGUCCGAGUCAGACCGCACCUGGGCCAACUACUACACCUGGGCCGUUCUCGCCGACGCACAAUUCUUCGACUGGACCUGGUCAAGCUUCAACGCACUCAAAGCCAAACCAUUCUCCAAAUUCUACAAGGCCGCCGAAAAGGGCGAACUCCCAGACUUCACCUACCUCAACCCCUCCUGCUGCGGCAAAGGCACCAACUCCAUGCACCCGACAGGUCUAAUCUCCGACGGCGAGACGCUUCUCAAAGACGUCUAUGACGCCCUCCGCGCUAGCCCGCAAUGGAACUCAACCCUCUUCAUCGUCACCUUCGACGAAACAGGCGGCUUCCACGACCACGUCCCGCCCCCGCUGGCCGUCCGCCCCGACGACGAAACCUACACCGAGAAAGCCGCCGACGGCUCCGAGUACACCUUCGAGUUCAAUCGGCUGGGCGGCCGCGUCCCUACCUUCCUCAUCUCGCCGUGGGUUGGGGAAGGCUUCGUCGAGCAGAAGGGCAAGACUAGCGCCGGCGACUCUGCUUCUUACUCUGCUUCGUCCAUUCUGCGCACCCUCGGAUACCUAUGGGACUUUGAGCCGUUCACUCCCCGCGUGGAACACGCCCCGUCCUUUGACCAUUUGAUUCGUGGGUCGAUGCGCGAUACGCCGAGUGCUAUGCCUGGUGUGGUUCCGUUUGGGGGGCAUUGA